GCGUCGUAUAUUAUUAUUUGUUAUUAUUUAUUUAUUAUUAUUAUUACUAUUAUUACUAUUAUAUUUUCAUAAAAAGAUUGAAAAUCAAAAUAAAAAAUCGUAUCACGCCGUGUCGCGACUCGCGGUAGUUCGACGUAAUAAUAAUAAUAAUAUACAAAUUCAUAAAAAUCGUGUAAACGUUUUUUUCCGCUCUUCUGUUCCCGUUUCACGGUUUUUCAUCGUCGUCGUCGUCGUCAUCAUCGUCGCCACUUUUACAAGAAUAAUCAAACGUCGAUAUCGUUGACGGGCUGUACGAGAAAUGUACGUCAAUAUGUGGUUUUGAAGUAUUAUGCCGAGUCGUCGCGCUCCUCAUCUCCGUAACCGUCGGUGUAGUGCUACUACGGUUGUCGUUGGCCUCCAACGUCCGUCCGCACUUGAGCGAUAAUCGGUUCGCGGUCGACGCCGUUCCUUGUGCGCGUGUAGCGACAACCGUUGCCGAUACAGCGACGAUAACAGUCCGACCGGCGACGACAGAGUUCGACUGACGAUAUCGUGUCCGUACGGGUGAGGCAAGCGAGCAAGACACGCCGUCGUCGUUACGUGAUGAUGAUCAUGUCGCGUUAUCGCCGGACGACGUACGAUACCGCCUAAAAAGGGCAUAUGCCCAUCGCCGUCGUAACGGCGCGCUUCACGUCGGUCGGCAGCCGUGCUUAGCGCUCUGUCCGCCAGCCACAGCGGCCGCGACCACGACCACGGGCGUUUGUGAGCCUCCGACCACCGCACUCGGUGACCGCCACUCCGAUUAUAGUCAAUCCAAUCUCGUCGACCGCACACCCAGCCCCCUCCGAUCGUAUUAAUUUUGAUCGACUACCGUUGUGACACGAUGCGUUUGCAUGGAUGGUUUUCUUGAAAACCGGCAACUAGUUGCCGGCCACCGAUUGAGAUAUGGACGGCAGCAAUGGAGCCAAGCAAGCGGACAGUUGGCAUAAACAUGAGCCGUUCAUGAUGGUCGAAAAGCAGAAAAAUAAAAAUCAUGGGCAAGGAUCUCAAGAUAGUAACUUUGGUUUUGGAGGUGGUCCCUUAUACGGAAGACUUGUUGCUGAAGACCAAUUACCAAUGGUUGGUGGUGUUGCUCCAGUACAUGCUGAUAUCCAUGCGAUGCAAGCAAGAAUACCGCCUCAUUUUCGAGAUCCAUCAUCAGCUCCAUUGAGAAAGCUUUCAGUGGAUUUAAUCAAAACCUACAAGUUUAUAAAUGAGGUUUACUAUGCAAAGAAAAAGAAAAGAGCUGGUGGUGGAGCAGUUGGGUUGAGUAGUCAACCUCAAAAUAAUGGGGCCCCCGUUGAAGGUCCCGUAGCCAAUAAAAAAGAAAGAAGAGUAUAUAAUGAUGGUCACGAUGAUGACAACCAUGAUUAUAUAAUUAGAAGUGGUGAAAAGUUUUUGGAUCGCUAUGAAAUCAUAUCCUUGCUAGGCAAAGGAUCAUUUGGACAAGUUGUUAAGGCUCGUGAUGAGGAAGAAGAUUGUUAUGUAGCAAUUAAAAUAAUAAAGAACAAAAAACCAUUCCUAAAUCAAGCUCAAAUUGAAGUAAGACUAUUAGAAAUGAUGAAUAGAGCUGACGUUGACAACAAAUACUAUAUUGUUAAACUCAAGCGUCAUUUUAUGUGGCGUAAUCAUCUGUGCCUGGUGUUUGAGUUAUUAUCUUAUAACUUGUAUGAUUUAAUUAGGAACACUAAUUUUAAAGGUGUUUCUUUAAAUCUUACACGUAAAUUUGCUGCUCAACUGUGCACGGCUUUGUUGUUCCUGUCCACGCCGGACCUGUCCAUCAUACAUUGUGAUCUAAAACCAGAAAACAUAUUGUUGUGCAAUCCUAAAAGAUCAGCUAUUAAAAUAGUAGAUUUUGGUUCAUCUUGCCAACUCGGCCAAAGAAUAUAUCAAUAUAUUCAAUCUCGUUUCUACCGCUCACCAGAAGUUUUACUUGGUAUACCAUAUGAUCUGGCUAUUGACAUGUGGAGUUUAGGAUGCAUUUUAGUAGAAAUGCAUACUGGUGAACCGUUAUUUAGUGGAACAAAUGAAGUGGAUCAGAUGAAUAAAAUCAUUGAAGUCCUUGGCAUGCCACCCAAACAUAUACUUGAUCAGGCACAGAAAGCUCACAAAUAUUUUGAUAAAAUGCCUGGUGUUGAUUCGUAUACCUUAAAAAAACCUAAAGAUGCCAAAAAGUAUAGAAAUCCAGGUGGUCGACGAUUACAUGAUAUAUUAGGUGUCGAAACAGGAGGUCCAUAUGCUAGGCGUUUAGGUGAACCAGGACAUUCAAUGUCUGACUAUCUUAAAUUUAAAGAUCUUAUAGUACGAAUGCUGGAUUAUGAUCCUAAAACUCGAAUUACCCCAUAUUAUGCUUUGCAACACAAUUUCUUCAAGCGAACUUCUGAAGAAGGUACUAAUACUGCUAGUGGUAUCGCUCAAGCUGGACUACACAGCUUAGGUGCUAGUCCACCAUUUAAUAGUUUACCUAAUAAUAAUCCAGGGGACACUAAUGUGCAAUCAUCUGCAAUAAGAUUGCGAUCAGACCAGUGCCGAGGUAGAACUACAAUGGAUUGUGAUCCUCCACCGAUCGCUUCUAUGUACCAUGGUUACCAAACGGCGCCAAUGGCCAGACACCAUUUGCCUCAUCAUGCUACAGUUUACCCAAUGAACCCAGCAUCUGCUGUUGGUGCUUUGGUUCACUGUCGACCCACCUCUUUGCCGUUCCUACAUCCACAACAUCACCCGUAUCAACCAAUACAAUCACAACCUCCACGUUCAUUGCAUUCAUUGCAUAAUCACCCACCACCACCACCUCCAGUACAACAACCUGUUGCACGGGUACCAACUUCCCAUUCCAAUCGAACGAAACAAGAACAAGAUGACAUGAUUGGGGUAUGUAUAGGUCAAAGUCCUGUAGCAAUAAACAUAACAUGAUCAAAUCGUAUAAAAUGUUGAAGAGAUGGUUUAUACUUGUUUUCAAUGUACAAAAAAAAAAUCGAAUAACUGUGAUUAAUUUAAAGGGAAAGAGUAUAAAUUUUAAAUUCAGGUGAUAGUAGGUAUCUGGGCUGAGUAUUGUCAAAAAUUCAAUUUUAUUGUUUCCACUGAUAUUGUUUUUAUUUUGUUUUUUUUUCUAAACAAAAUCCUUAUAGAAUUUAACUAUAACUUUAUUUUAACAGAUUUAUUGGAUUAAAUUAAAACGAAAUAAGUGACAAAUAUUUUUUACCUGAUACAAUAAUGUAUAAUUAGUUAAUUACGCAUUUUUAUAAACUACCAAUCGCCAUUUUUAUCUUUAUGUAUACCCGGAGAACCGUCAAAACUACCUCAAUUCAUUUCAUAAUACUAAAACCGACAAAUCAAUUUUGAAAUAGUGUCUUGAAAACUGAUCGAAACCCUAUUUUAACGUGAUAUAGUACCACUAACACAUGUACAGUAUUUGUAUAAUAAAUCAUUUAAAAAAAUAAAACGUAAAUAAUUUCAUUUAUUUAUUAUUAUUUUUCUUAAAUUAAUUUACUAUGUAUCAAUUAGGUUAUUGAAAUUAAUGUUUUUCAUUUUGUUACACUCUUGAAAUCGGACAAAAUCAAAUUCAAUUUUAAAGUUAUCACACAGUAUAUCAUACAUUGCACAAUACAUUAUAAUUGAUAGACAAAAAACACAUCCUUAAUGGAAAUACGAUUAUUUUUGAUAAAUUCGACUUGCAGAGAAAACAUUAUUUUUCUGUAUUAAAUAGUGCAUUAAUGUUUUUGGUGUUUUUGUCGCGAUUUCUAUUGCAGUGUAAUUUUUUUCUUUUUAAACCAAUACAAUAUCAAAUCAUGCAACGGUAUACACACACAAAACGAGAGAAUUCGUAUGUUCAGCACAGUCACAUCAACGCACGUAAAUAGUAUUGUGUUCGACUGUACGAUUAACAAUUGGUGCGCGCCGAAUUGAUCUAUAUUAUUAUUGCCUUAGAAUUUCGAUAACACGACUGAUCGUAUGUAUACAAUUUUUUAUAAUAUAAUUUUAUAAUUAUUAUUCGCUUAAAAAAAAACAGUAAACGUGCAUAUAAGAUAAAAAUGGCGUGUGUUUAUAACGACUAUGCGUACUAUACGUAUUUUAACACGAUUUCAUUAUUAUUGUGUCUUCCCGGACUGUUUAGUAUAUUUUUUAUUCUUAUAUAUUUUGUUAAAAUAAUAAAAAUGUAUGUAUAUAUGUAUAUUUAUAUAUAUAUAUAUAUAUAUAUACAUGGUAGUCUUAUAGUCUUACCCCGAGGAUUUUUUACGCGUUUCCACUGCCAUAGCUGUGUAAAUAUAUAUACAUAAUAUAUAAUAUAUAUAUAUAUAUGUAUGUAUAUAUACACAUAUGUAUGUAUGUGUGUGUGUGUGAAUGUGUGUUUCUGUAUAUUGUAUUUAAAUAAUGUAUUAGAUAGUCUAAAAGUUUAAAAAUAUACAAAUAAUAUAAAAAGUGAGAAACUGUAGAAAUUCCUUCGCCCAAAUCCGCGUGAUAAAAAACACCGGGAUGUUUGUUACAUACCUGGGUGCGGGAUAAUUUUACACACCGGGGUUUGGAUCAACGAAUUUCUAGUCUAUGUCCGACUUGUCGUCCGACUACGCUGUCGAAUGCACACCGCUCUUUUUCUCACACUCACACACGUGCCCACGCACACAUACACACACACUUUUCUUGCGCAACUAUUGUUAUAAUAAUAUGUAGUGGCAUUUAUUAGCUGAUUUUGAUGACAUGGCCACCGAGAUAUUUUUUUCGUUUUUGUAUCGCGGGCGAGUGUAUAAAUUUUAACCAACAAAAAAAAAAAAAAAAACGAAAGAAAUAAUAUUAUAUGUGAUAGAACAGGGUGGAAUAUCCUUAAAACAUUAUUUUGUUCAUUUUGUACGGUGAUCGUUUAUUAUAUAAUAUUAAUUUUAAGAUUAAGUAUAUACAUAUAUAUAUAUAAUUUGAUUUAUAUAAUUUUUUUUUUUUUUAUUUUAUUAAAGACUGUUGUGUAUAUAGACUUAGAUCGUGAGAUGUUCAUAUUUAAAUACUAAUUAUAAUAUUAUAUUAUAUGUAUGAAAUAGGAAAAGUUUUUAUUUAUUUUUACAUUUUGUUAUGUUUUUUUUUUCUUGUAACGCGCUGCCUUUAUUUCGACAAACUUUUAAUAUCGUGUGUGAAUUGCAGUGGUCUGUACUCACGCACAUAUAUAGGUACAUGUCAUAUACACUUAAAAUUACACACAAAUUCGUAAGACAAUUCGUGAUGGGGGGAGGGGGUUAUGCCUAUGCCAGUGGGUAUAUCAUAUCACUUGUAUGUAUAUAUUAUAUACUUAGCUAAAUCUUUAGUAAAUAGUAAUAUUAGUAGGUAUAACUACUAUAAUUAUGUAUAAUGAUUUACGAAAUAUAGUUUUACUACUCGACCCGAGUCUCCCCACAGAAUUUCACGAUGAUAUAACAUAUACAUAAUGUAUGGGUUUUCUGUUUUUUUUUUUUUUUUUAAUAAUUUUAAUCUUUUAACAUCUGUCUGUUGGCAAUGUUGGCAUAUAUUAUUAUUAUAUUAUUAAGUAAAAUAAGAUAUAUGUAAACGAACAUAUUUACCUUACA